AUGUCGACCAGUGGUUCGCCAUGGACGAAAGGACACUUGGAAACCCUAUCGAUACAACCAGAUAGUCCAGGAUCAUCUGUUUUUGACUUACCUACCCAGCCUUUGCAGCCACAUCCAGACAGACCCAUAAACUUCACCGCAGCGAACGACGUCUCUAAUAUCGACGGCAAAGACUUUUCUUUCGUGGUCAUCUCUGGUGGAACUGGUGGCAACGCAAUCUGCUCUGCCUUUGGAAAUGCGUCCUAUGUCCUACCAGUUUCUGAUGAUGGUGGCUCAUCAAGUGAGAUCAUCAGAGUACUUGGUGGUCCUUCCAUCGGUGAUAUACGAUCAAGGUUAAUUCGAUUGAUACCCUCAGCUCCUCCGAACUCGCCUCUUGAUGCGAUACGGAACCUCCUCUCCUACCGCCUCCCGGCCCAUUGCACCGAAAGGGAAGCACGGGACCAAUGGCGCGACAUAGUUGAAGGCAGAAGUGCAUUAUGGGCCGGCAUACCGAACGAUAGGAAGGAAACCAUCCGUGGCUUUCUGGUAUAUUUCGAGAGCGAGCUUUUGAAGCGCGCCCACAAGAAUUUCUCUUUUGUCAACGGCAGCAUUGGGAACUAUUUUCUGGCGGCGGCACAAGGCUUCUUUAGGUCCCUCCCGUCGGCCAUCUUUCUAUUCUCGUCCAUAACGAGUAGUCAGGCCAACAUUCUGCCCGUGAUUAUAACUAAUCAUACCGUCACCAUCGCCGUUGAACUGGAAAACGGAGGUCAGAUCGUUGGGCAAUGUGAAAUUUCACAUCCGGUGCAAUCAGCUCCACCAUCCAUCAGUGUAUCCCUUUCUGAGCCAUGGUCACCAACGGAUGGCAUGGACGAACCUCGUUCCCGGAAGCAAAAUGUAAUGUUCGAGGCCAAUGAUAAAGAUCACAACGAACCCUUACCAGCUAAGAUCACAAGGCUUUACUAUAUCAAUGCUUAUGGCCACGAAGUACACCCCUCCCCUAACCCUGAUUACAUUGCCAGUUUGUCGAGAAGCAAAGUUCUAGUAUACUCCUGUGGGUCGCUAUGGACAAGCAUCAUGCCGUGUCUCGCUCUUCGAUGCGUUUCGACCGCGAUCGCCCGUUCGCGUUCUCUCCGAAUCAAAGUUCUUCUGUUGAACGGAACCAACGAUAGGGAGACAAGUGGAUAUACAGCGGUGGACUAUAUCCUCUCCAUAGUCCGCACGCUAAACUCAAAUCACCAAAGCAAGCCGUACGGUCUUGGAGGGGUCAACACGACAUACCCAGUCUCUGCCUUUGUUACUGAUCUCGUGUAUUUGAAGGGAUCUGCCGUACCUGUCGACGUAGCAAAGAUCACGACUAUGGGCGUGAGAUGUACCGAAGUGGAAGGCCAAGAUCCCAGCAAUACUACUUCGGUGAAAUUCGAUGCAGCAUCAGUUCAAAGGGCAUUGGGACAAUUGCUGGUCCUGGAUGUAUGA